AUGCACGUCCACGAAAACGGGCAUCUUCCUCUUCCACAACUCAGCGAGCAGCAGGCCGGGAAAGGUGAGCAGCCAAUCAUUGGUCUUGCGUGUUAUUAGCCAGUCAAGGAACCUAAUUAACUUCCUCCAAAUGACUUCGAACCAACCUCCAUUUGUUAUUUGAAUUCUUUUUGAAGCUGAGGCUAUUUAUAAUAAGUUUCCAAACACUUGCUAACCAGGUUGGUCGUUCAAUUUCGAAAAUUCCUGAAAAGUGGUUAAAAUACUCUUUUCGUACCUGAUAAAGGCUCUGAGAAUCUCAAUCUGCACAGCUUCUCCGUUAUUGAGAAAGAAUGACUUUAAGUCUAAGAAAAGCCCAAAAUCUUGUUGAAAUUGACUAUAUGCAGACUUUGAGAUGUUGUGCAGGUUGGGAUUUUCAAAUUUUUAUCUUCUAGAUCAGAAGACAUUUUGGCAAAUUUUCUGAAAGUUACGACCCAAUAAGUAGAAUUAACUGCUUUUUUUAUGAUAUUCUAAUGGUUUUGUGCAACGUUAAAAAAAGUUUUCUCAAAAAAAGUUAUUAUCAGUUUGGGCCAAACAGAAAUCACCCUUUUUUUCUCAACUUCCUCUCUUAGAAGUUCUAGAAGACUAUUUUCAUUUCCGAACCUCCAAUUUGAUAUUUUUGUUUUUCUAUCAGUUCUGUACAUUCUGUAACAGUUUAGGAGCCCAAAAUAAAAUGAUUCUUGUUUUCUUAAUUGCUUACCGCGCGAUCCGUUCGAUCAACACGUGCUCAGACCCAUCACUACCGUCUCUCCGUGCUCCCAGUUCCGACGCCGAACGUUGAUCACGCUUUUCUCUUUGUUUAUUUAUUUCCCAACCUUCUCAAGGCUUCUUCAUCAUCGACCCGCAAUACCCAAUAUUUUUCGAUUUAUCAUUUAUCGUCUCGAAACGCGUCUUUUGCUUCCUUCUUGCUUCCUUCUCAAUUCAAUUUAGAGCAAUUGUUUAAAGGUGCAUGAACCUUCUUCACAGACGCGAAAGUGUUUUUUAGAAAGAAGGCGAUACAUUUUUGGUCAAAAUUUUAUUAAAGUUCACAUGAUUAAAAUAAGGAUUAUAGAAAUAUUAUUUAGUGAUUAUGAAAAAAUUGAAGAGUUGGAAACUUGCAAAGAAACAGGAAUUAUUUUUUUUAGUCCUCCGCACGUUUUUCAACCUUUAUUGAUCUGAAAAAUCAAACUUCCCACUGACAGUGCGUGUAAAUGAUUGGGAAGUUAUUGAAAGCAGAAUUUUCAAAAAAAGCACUUUCUGCUGAAACUCAGAAAAUCUAGUUUUUCUGCGCCCUCUUGAUCAGUUGAAUAUUUCUUUUCAGUGAUUUUUACUAAUGAAAUAAACAAAGAAAAGCCACGUUAUUUUCGAUUAUAAAGGUAUCGCAUAUAUUAUUUUUUUGCCCAAAAAUCUAAUUUUUGUAAGUAAUCGGGUGGGACCAACGUUUAAAAGACAUGGUCACGAUAAAAUCAACGCGAGACAUUUUCCGAACGGAGAAAAACAACUAGAAAAAUCAGACAGCUUGUAAAAAAAUUGCAUCUAGAACAAUAUUGAGAAAAAAAUAGGAAAUUUUUCAACCCGAGAUAUUUUUUAAAACGGUAAAUUCACAAAAAAGGCUUAUUCGAGUCAAAAAAGAAUUUCGAACAGUUUCAAAGAUAAUGGCUUGAAUACCACACACUCCAAGAUAUUUCGCAACAGUUUGCCGAUUCCGAAGCCAGCCAAGCAUCAAUAAGCGCGGAAGAAGUUGGCGAAUAAUUUGCGGUGCAUUAUUCAAAGGGUCGAAAUCGCCGCACUUCACGAGGCCGGAGAGUGAGAGCUCCUCGGUCGCGUUCAAUGCAAUGAUUACCCACCUCCUUGCGAAUUUGCAAGUGCCUCUCUUCCAUCCGCAACCGAUGUGCUUUGAUUUCAUCCGUUUUUUGCUUUAUUAUUAUGAAGAAUAAAGUUAAAUUUGAAACAUUCAGUGGAAGGGCUUCCUUUAUACACAAAAAUGGUUGAAGAAAUGUGGCUGGUGGUGCUCUGUUUCGUGUUGCCGGCGGUCGUCUUCUCUCUUUUCGCGUUGCUCGCCUGGCUUCGAGUUUUGCAUCAAAACCACGAGUUAGUUUGAUUUUUAGCCUAUCCACAACAGUCGUGAAGUUUUUUUUUUCUUGUAGAUUCGCUUAAAAUCCCUUGGAUUGUCUCAUAGCGAAAAAUUAUUUACAGCCUUGAUUCUUUAAAAAACGUGAUUAUUGGAAAUUUGGGGCAAAUGAAGAUUCAGUAUUUCCAUUGAAAUUUUUUUCUAGAAUAUUUGACAGAUAUUUUAAACUUCACAGAAAAAUGUUUUCAUUGCCUUUUACAAAAAAAUGAUUCACGUUUCGUUCAAUUUUUUUCUCAACUAUGCUUUUAAAAACUUCUCAAAAACAUCGUGAACAAAUCGUAGUUUGUUGAAAAAUGCUUGUCUUGAUAUUCAAAACAGCAAGGAAGGUGUCUUGCCCUACAUUUUUAAGCUCAGCAGUAGUAUUUUGAUAGUUUUUGGCUUAGUUCUAUGAACCAGAAAAAAGAGGAUAAUACUGGUUAUCCUUUACGGCCUCAACAUAUACUUUUAUCAAAACUAAUUGAGCACAUUGUAGCUAAUUGGAAAAUUGAAUAAUUAAAAGUCGUGUUGCUUUCAGAAGGAAAAAAAGAGCGACGACGGCUUCAAAUGGGAACGAACGUCUCGUGACAAAGUCAGUUGUUUUAUGAGAUCUCGAGAAACAUUGAAAUCAAGGAGAAACGGCGAAGUUGUCUGCAACAUUCCGAUCCAAGUCAUUGACGUCGACACGGGCGCAACGUUCUUCUACGCUUCUGACGACUCCCUGUCAGGCCGACCAAAGCCUGAGAAAGCCAAAACCUUCAAAGAUAGUUCCCUUAUCUCCGUUGGUAAGGAAAAAGAAGCCAUGAUUGCGUGA